GCUGGCCGUGGGUAGGGUGGAGCUAUUCUUUUUCUUUAAAUUACAGCAUAACCUUCUUUCUGGCCCCUUUACUUGAAGCCUCAUAAUCAUAAAUUAUAAAGUAAAGUCUAUAAAAUGGCUGCUGAGUUUGAACUUUGUCCCGGAAGACAAAUCGGGGGCUCCAACCCCUGUUUUAUCAUCGCUGAGAUUGGACAGAACCAUCAAGGAGACAUAGAAAUCGCAAAAAAAAUGAUCCGAAUGGCCAAGGACUGUGGAGCUGAUUGUGCCAAGUUUCAGAAGAGUGAGAUCGAACACCGAUUCACCAAACAUGCUCUGGAGCGUCCCUACACGUCCCCUCAUGCCUGGGGAGCGACCUACGGCGCUCAUAAACAACAUCUGGAGUUCAGUCACCAGCAGUACAGAGAACUGCAGCGCUACGCCAACGACAUCGGCAUCUUCUUUACAGCAUCAGGGAUGGAUGAGAUGGCCAUAGAAUUUCUGCAUGAAAUCAAUGUGCCAUUUUUCAAAGUUGCCUCAGCGGACACAAACAACAUCCCUUACCUGGAGAAAACAGCCAAAAAAGGUCGUCCCAUGGUGAUAUCUAGCGGAAUGCAGUCGAUGGAGACCAUGCGCUCUGUUUACCAAACCGUCAAGAAGCACAAUCCCAACUUCACUUUCCUGCAGUGCACCAGUGCUUAUCCACUGCCACUAGAACACGUCAACCUCAACCUGAUCCCUGAGUUUCGGAAGGAGUUUCCAGACAUUCCCAUAGGAUACUCUGGACAUGAGACGGGCAUCUAUGUGUCUGUGGCUGCAGUGGCACUCGGGGCAAAGGUCCUGGAGCGUCACGUGACCCUGGAUAAGAGCUGGAAAGGGAGUGACCAUGCAGCAUCACUGGAGCCUGCCGAGUUGGCGGAGCUGGUGAGAGCCAUCAGGGCAGUUGAGGUGGCAAUGGGCUCGCCAAUCAAACAGAUGCUGCCCUGUGAGGCUUCCUGUCACAGCAAGUUGGGAAAGUCAGUAGUGGCCUGUAAGCCGCUGCAGAAGGGAGUGAUGUUAACUCUCGACAUGCUGACAGUAAAAGUGGCCGAACCACAGGGUGUGAGACCAGAGAACAUCUUCAAACUGGUUGGCAAGAAAAUCACGGUGGACCUGGAGAAAGAUGCCACCAUCACUGAUGACAUGAUAAAAGUCACUUCUCCGGUGUUGGAGAGCAACGGGUUCUCAGAGGCGAGUUCGGGUGUCUGUUACCCGUCCAGUGGACGCUCUCACCGGGCGGCUCUGAUUCUGGCCCGCGGUGGAAGUAAAGGAAUUCCGCUGAAGAACAUCAAGAAUCUGGCCGGUGUUCCUCUGAUCGCGUGGGUCCUGAGAGCUGCCUUGGAUUCAGAAGUCGUUGACAGCGUGUGGGUUUCCACAGACCACGAUGAAAUUGAGCGCGUGUCGAGAGUCUGGGGCGCAAAAGUUCACCGGCGCAGCUCUGAAGUUUCCAAAGAUUCGUCCAGCUCACUGGAGACCAUCCAGGAGUUCCUCCAACUGAGACCCGAGGUGGACGUUGUCUGUCACAUUCAGGCCACGUCUCCAUGCCUCCACCCUCAUCACAUCAGAGAAGCCCUGCAGAUGAUCACCGAACAGGGUUGUGACUAUGUGUUUUCAGUGGUUCGCAGACACCAGUUUCGCUGGGAGGAGGUGGACAAGAGAGAUGGUAAAAAUCCAACUCCUCUGAACAUUGAUGUGGCACACAGACCGCGGAGACAAGAUUGGCCUGGGGAGCUCUACGAAAAUGGCUCUUUCUAUUUUAGCACGAGAAAGGCUUGCGAAAAUGGCCUUAAACAGUUGGACAAGAUCGCCUACUAUGAAAUGCCGCCGGAGUAUAGCGUUGAUAUCGAUGUGGACAUCGACUGGCCCGUCGCUGAGCAGAGGGUUCUGAGGUUUGGCUAUUUUGGCCGAGAGGAGAACGCGGCGGUCAGGCUGUUUCUGUGUAAAGUGUCUGGCUGUUUGACGAACGGACAGAUAUACACGUCAGCUUCUGGAGAGGACCUUGUGGCCAUCAGUGCUCGAGACGUGGCAGGCAUACGGAUGCUGCAGAGGGAAAAUAUAGAGGUGAUCCUCAUGUCCAGCGUGAAUGAGCCGCUCUCCAGGGGUCUCCUGAAGAAGGUCUCCCAGCAGGCCGGCUGUGGACUCUGCUUUGGAAAGAAGUUUGAGGUGAAGCAGCUGAUGGAAGAGAAGAAGCUGCGGUGGAAUGAAGUAGCCUUCAUGGGUUCAGAGUGUGAAGACAGAGAGAUCCUGUCUCAGGUGGGGCUGAACGGCGUCCCGUGCGACUCGCCUGUGGCGAACCUCAUCGCUGCGAAAUACACGUGUCAGAGACCCGCCGGAAACGGAGCAGUUCAUGAGUUUGCCGAGUACAUACUGACGCUGAAGAAAAAGUGCUUCCUGGACGUGCACCAGGAUCGCAUUGACAGGGCCAAUUUUUAGAUUCCAGUUUCUAUUUCAUAUCUCUCAAACAAUGCCUUGAAAUAAAGAAAUUAAUUUCAUAAAUGAUACGUUAAGUUGCUCGGAAAUUACAGCAUAGAUCAUAAGCUAUAAUGAUAAAAUAUUUCUCAUCUGCGGUAAACAAAACUUUUAUUUAGAUUUUGUUUUUGGAAAGUUAUUUCUUCAGAGAUGCUUUGUGGGUGUAAAGCCAUGCACAGUAUUGAUAUACUGGGCCACUAAUAUAGCUUUCAUAAUUAAAUUUUUUUGUAAUUCUGUAAUAGUGACAGCAAUGGUACUGAAGGCAAGGUUUUUUCAUAUAACCAAUACAUAACCAAUGCAACAAUUUGAUAUAUAUAUAUAUAUAUAUAUAUAUAUAUAUACUGUAUUAAAUGAAUGUCAAAGCUCUCAUUUUCUAAAAGGGACAGGAUCAAAACAAUGCUGAUACAUAUAAUCAGUAGAACAUGACUAGUCUCAUAUCCUUGUAAAAUAACAAAGAUUUAUAUAUAUAUGGUCUUGGGCAAAUUAAGAGAAAAUUCUGAUGUCACUAAAGCAUUUUAAGAAAAAAGGGGCUGUAAUAAAUAAAUAUCCUGACUCCUUUAGUUACUGUGGUAAUUUCCAUUCUUAAAAAUCUGGGUAAAAGUGUCUGUGAUACUGCUUCUGUUCUGUUUAAACGUCAAGAGUUACAAUGGGAUGAAGAAAAACGAACAAUCAAUGUUUCCAGCUUUUCACAAAUGCAGCAAAAAUACAUCCUUCAUUAAAAAAAAAAUACACUUUGUAGACAACAAAAUUAAAACAACAAUGCCUGCGCAAAAUAGAAGACAGAGAGGUAAAGCUGCUAAAGGCAGUUCAACAUUGCAAUAAAUGCAAGAAAACUGUUUCAUGUCCAUCCCAAAAUAUUUCUAAGUUUUGUAGCGUCAGUCUCUUUCAUAACUUUGCAGGUCGAUGUGGGAAAGCUGCCUUUAAUGACAUGCAAGUCAGUCUCUAAAGCCAUUUCUUGACGUAUUUAUACAUAUUUAGCAUUCCCGGUGUGGUAUGUGUUGAAUAAACACUCUUAUUUGUUCAGCGCAGCAACCUCGGGAUCCACCUUAGGCUUUCUUACCACAUCUUUAUGCUGUUUUACCCCAUGUAUCUGCAACCUGUGUUUGUUACUAUUGCCGUCUAGUGGACAAUAACAGGAACAUCAACUUAUUUAACGAAAUGUGAAUAUACCAUAUUAUCAAUAAAUAAGAUAUUAAGCGA